UCACAAUAUCAAACAAUUGCAUCAAAGGUUUAUAGUUCAAUUUAUAAUGGCAGAGAAAGAAGGAGGGGUUGUGAAGAAAGGUCAUGAAGAGGGAAUGGAGAUGGCCAUUGCUCUUCUCCAAGAGUUCGACCUCCCAUUAGGACUUCUCCCUCUUGUGGACGUGAUCGAGGUCGGUUUUGUGAGGGAUACCGGUUACAUGUGGAUCGAGCAAAAGAAAAAGGUCGAACAUAAAUUCAAGAUGAUCAGUAAACUGGUCAGCUACGACACACAAAUUACUGGUAUUGUGGAUAAGAAACGGAUCAAGAAACUCAAAGGAGUUAAGGCUAAGGAACUCAUGUUGUGGCCUCCGGUGAAUGAGAUCAUCGCCGAUGAUCCACCCACCGGAAAAAUCCACUUCAAGAGCCUCGCUGGUGUCACCAAGACUUUCCCCGUCGAUGCAUUUGCUGCUGGGCAGUGAAAAGGCACCGUCUUGUUCUCAGAGAGACACUGGAUUCCGGUGGUUAUUUUCAGUUCACACUCAAAACCUACCCUACCCUACGCUGUAACAGCAAUGUAUGCAAUUCUCUUGAUAAGAAUUAUUGCAUAAUGAUGCAAGUAUUUAACAAAUGAACAAUAA